CGGAUGUACAAAAGUCGCGUGAUGUCAGCGUUAAAACACGCCCCCUUCUAUUUUUUUCCGAUGUCGAAAUAUCAGUGUGUCGUUUCUCUCCUCGAAAACGGCUUUAAACUCGUGUGUACGCAUAACAGAACGUACCGGAAAUAUUUCUACACAGGAAAACACAUGUUGAACGAUUCGGAGGCGAAGUGAACCAUGAGGAAGGGACUAGUAUUGAAACCUGUGUUAAUUUGGAUGUUCCGAGACAAAUUCUGAUGUCAGGUAAAAACAAGUUUAAAAUUCUAAUGGACUAAAUCAAUUUCAACGUGUUUAUGAACACGGUUUGGCCUGACAUGAAAGGAUUAAGUUGAUUGAAAUAUCCCCGUUGUUAUCGUGACUGUAUUCAGGGUAGGUAAAUUUGAUAGCCCAGACCAGAGCCAUAUAUAUAUCAUAUGUCUCUGCUUUGACCUAUAACCUGAGAGUACCCACACAAACAGAACAAUCAGAUUAGAUAUUUAAAGUACAUUAAAGUCGACCAGCAACACUACACGUACAUACCCACACAUGCACGGUUUGGUACAGUUGUAGAUAGCUAUUGGUUUUGGCGUGAGAGAUGUUUUACUCGCACGUUACUAUAAUUAACGAGAUUGUCCGUACUGUUCCUUUAGCAAGGAUAGACGAAGGGAUCAAUACGUGUUCUAUCCUCCUCAGUACAAUGUUCGUCUGAAGUCUACUGAAGGACUCUUCUAUAACUGUCAAAAUGGUACUUAUACAUAGUGACUAUAGGCGAAAAAAUAUUGUGAUAUGCUCAAAAUGAGUAGAGAUGCCAAAAAAAGGAAAGGUAGGUACGACUGAUGUGAAGGGAAGGAAGACAAUGGUGAAAUAACAAUACAGGGCGUAAAAUGUUUCCACGGUCGUCAUUCCUCUACAAAUGGUCUGUGGCCCUGUUUAUUCUCAUUGUAUUAAUGUAUUCCUUCUUAAUACAAAAAACAACCAGAUCCUUGUCUCAUAAUUUCCGUGAACGGGACUCUCAGAUCGUGCAGGAAACACGAUCAACACGCGCAGCCAAUGAAAUCUAUCGGACAACUCAGUAUGACGUCAAAAAUUCGUCAUUUCCAGGUUGGACGUCAACAGUGCCACCAAUAGUCAAUCCACACGAUUUUAACUAUAUUUUGAAUCCAGUGAAUAUGUGUACUGGGAAAGAUGUAUAUUUCAUUGUGUAUAUUCAUACGUCACCAACAAAUUUUCGGAAACGUCAAACGAUACGACACACAUGGGGGGAUCCCCAUCUCCUGAAAAUAUACAAAGCUAGGUUAGUGUUCGUGCUGGGAAAGGUGGCAGAAGAGAAAGUCAUGACCAAAAUAGAAAUGGAGUAUAAUCACUAUGGUGAUAUUGUUCAGGAGGAUUUCAUGGAUUCUUACAGAAACUUAACUUACAAAGGGAUAGCUGCCCUCAAGUGGAUUUCAAACCACUGCCGGCAUGCUUCGUUUGCAAUAAAGUCAGAUGAUGAUAUUAUGAUUAACCUCUUCAAAAUCGUUGACGAGAUAAAACACAGCACAGUAAAUAAAUACGGAACGACGAAUCUCAUUUUGUGCAAUCAAUGGGUGCGAAUGAAAGUGCUCAGGGACGAAAACAGUAAAUGGUAUGUUCCCAAAACUGAAUUCCAACCGGAUUAUUUCCCUCCGUACUGCUCUGGGUCAGCGUUUAUUCUUAGUGUUGACGUGUGCGAGAAAAUGUACACCGCCUCGUUUUACACGCCGUUUUUCUGGGUGGAUGACUAUUAUAUUACCGGUGCUCUUGCAAAAGCCAUCAAUGUAAAGCAAAAACGUUGGAAUGACUUUUACAUGUUGAACGGUAAAAUUGUUGCCGAGAUAUUAAGAAACAAUUCCAAGAACAAAUACGCAUUUUUUCAUAUAUCUAAAUUAAACUCAAUACAUAAAAUGUGGAACAAUCUAGUGAGAGGAAUGAAGGGAGAUUUACAACACACAAAUACAACAAUACCGAAAUCCUGACAAAGAACUUUGAAUGUUAGUUAAAAAACAUUUGUUUUGCAUUCCAAAUUUCCAUGUUUGUUAAAAUUUUGAUUGUUUAUUUUAAAUGUUUGAUAUUUUGAAUAUUUUGUUAUUGAUGUAUAACUAGAAAAUAUUAAUCAUUGUAUGAACGGUU